AUGGCUGGAUCUGUUAGCAUAAUGCGUCGGCUGCCUCAAACAGCAGCCAUGGCCAUCGUCCUUCUUGCACUCCUGCUUCCACUGCAAAGACUCUACGUGGUAGCUCAACAAAAUGAAUCGAAAAAGCUGUACGUGGUGUAUUUAGGACCAAAGCAGCAUGACGAUCCCGAGAAAACAACAGCAUCACACCAUGAUAUGCUAACCACCAUCUUAGGAAGCAAGGAAGAAGCAAUUGAGUCGAUUAUUUACAGCUAUAGGCAUGGCUUCUCUGGGUUCGCUGCUAAGCUCACAGAAUCCCAGGCACAGCAGCUUUCAGAGUUACCGGAGGUACGCAGCAUAAAACUCAGUACUGUGCACCCAUUACAUACCACUCAUAGCCAGGAUUUUCUUGGAUUAGACUACAUGAAACCAACUGGUCUGCUCCAUGAUGCAAAGCAUGGAGAUGGCGUCAUCAUUGGAAUAAUCGACACAGGUAUCUGGCCAGAGUCUAAAAGCUUUAGUGAUAACGGCCUAGGUCCUGUCCCUUCUAAGUGGAAAGGCAUUUGUCAAGCUGGACAAAAUUUCACAUCUGACCAGUGUAACCGAAAGAUCAUCGGAGCUCGAUGGUAUGACAAACAUCUAACGGCAAAGGAUCUUGAGAGAAAUUAUCGGUCGGCCAGAGAUAUAGAAGGUCAUGGAACACAUGUGGCAUCCACCGCAGCCGGCGCUCUAGUGCCAAACAUUAGCUUUAAUGGGCUUGCUGCCGGUUAUGCUAGAGGCACUGCGCCCCGCGCGCGGAUUGCCGUAUACAAGGCCUGCUGGAAGCGACAAAACAGACAAGGGGGUUGUGACAUAACAGCCGUGCUGCAAGCAAUUGACCAUGCCAUACUUGAUGGCGUAGAUGUGCUCUCCCUUUCUCUUGGAGGAGCCUUCAUUGAGUACUAUGGUAGCCUCCACGCCGUGAAUAAUGGUAUAACUGUAGUCUUCUCGGCGGGGAAUGAAGGCCCUGCUCCUAGGACUGUUAAGAAUGCAUCUCCCUGGGGCAUAUCAGUUGCUUCAGCCUCAAUGGACCGAGCAUUUCCCACUGUUAUCACAGUUGCCAACAGCACCAUCAAAUUUGUGGGUCAAUCGUUGUUCACUGGGUGGGACGAUAACAGCUGGUAUCAGGUCUAUUGGUCUAGGUGCCAAUUUGGAACUCUGGAAGUGUUAAAUGUAACUCUUGCUGCAGGGAAGAUUGUGCUUUGCUACAGUCCGGCCACUGUGAGCUCAACUUCACCAACAUACACAAUGGGUGCUGAUAUAAAUGCUCUAAAGGAGGCUGGAGCGAAGGGAAUUAUUUUUGCCACGUACGCUUUUGAUCUGCUGGAUGGUGUCCAACAAGGUUGUGGCAGCAUGCCCUGUGUUUUGGUAGACUUUGAAGUUGCGAAUCAGAUAUUAUUAUCAUCUGUUGAUGCAACCAAAGGACUGGUAGUUAAGGUGGCCCCAGCUCGUACUUGGAUUGGAGAUGAAGUGCUCGCGCCAAAAAUCUCAACCUUCUCCUCCAGAGGACCUAGCCCACUUUUGCCAGAAUUCCUCAAGCCUGACAUUGCAGCUCCUGGAGCUAAUAUCCUGGCAGCAGUAGGAGAUUCAUACAUGUUCAUGUCAGGAACCUCGAUGGCAUGCCCACAUGUGUCAGGUGUAGCUGCAUUACUCAAAGCAUUGCAUCCGGAUUGGUCUCCCGCUAUUAUCAAAUCAGCAAUGGUGACUACAGCAAGCAACGAAAUGUAUGGUCUCCCAAUAUUGGCUAAUGGGCUACCUCAGAAGAUAGCAGAUCCAUUCGAUUUUGGUGGUGGCUUCAUUGAUCCAAACAGAGCUGCUGAUCCUGGCCUAGCAUAUGAUAUCAACCCAAAAGACUACGUAGCCCUGGAUUGUGAGUAUACCAACACAAGCUGUGAAUACCAAUAUCUGAACCUCCCAUCAAUUGCAGUUCCAAACUUAAAAGCAUCGGCAACUGUGCUAAGAACACUGACAAAUGUUGGCCAAGCUGAUGUUGUAUACAAGGCUGUUGUGCAACCUCCUCCUGGUGUGCAUAUAUCAGUAGAGCCAUCUCUUCUGAGAUUCAGACAAGGCAAGAAGAAGCUGAGCUUCAAGGUCACUUUUAGCAUGGCACGUAAGGUCCAAGGCGGCUACUUGUUUGGGAGCCUAGCAUGGUACGAUGGAGGUGCUCACUAUGUUAGGAUCCCGAUUGCGGUUCGACCGGUUGUGUCAAACAAUUAUGCAGAUGUCUCAUGAAGCUUGCCUCAUCCUAUUUUACCCCUUAUUAGAUGAAUUUUCCGCGCAAAAAAGAGAUGAA